AUGUUCAACAUUUCUUGCGCAGGCCGAGCUCUCGCACCGAAGAAGAGAGCGGAAGAGGAUGCAAGCUGCCUCCACUCGCGGAGUUUGGAUUGGGCAGAGCGUUCUCCACGGUUGACCGGCCGACGGGCGGAGGAUGAAAGCACGAUAAAGUACGGAAGCCAACAUGCCUGGCAAUCUCUUCGUUUGAGUCCAAUGGGCUUGAACUUCUUCGUUUUGUGGGUUGCCUUACGGGCUUUAGCCUCAUCGUUUCCCAGCGGCUUCAUUGCAUCCCAGUGUUUGCUUCUCAAAACCGUGCCAACGCUUGAACCUCUUUGUUGCUUGGAAGGCCUCACGGUUGCCUAUUUGCCUUAG